AUGUCGUUGACACGCACAGGCACGUACGCGUCAAAUCCCGUGACUGUACGCGGGACAUGCACCAAGCUAAGCGCGAGUUCGCGAGGCGACAAAGUUGCCUAUGGCCACGGCCGCACCGUCGUUGUGCGCGAUUUGAAUGCGCCGAGCAACACACUGGUGUAUGCGGAGCACACGCACCAUGUCACCGUUGCGCGCUUCAGCCCCAGUGGCUUUUACAUGGCGAGUGGCGAUACAAGCGGCUCGGUGCGUGUAUGGAGCUUGGAUGGCGAAGAGCGAAUCCUCAAGCUCCACGUCCAGGCCAUGUCGGGCCGCAUCACGGACCUGGUCUGGGACGGGGAGAGCAAGCGGAUUAUUGCGGUGGGCGAAGGCCGUGAGAAGUUUGGGCAUGCAUUUCUUGUUGAUUCCGGCUCGAGUGUCGGUGAGAUCAGCGGGCACAGCAAGGUUAUUAACGCCGCUGCCAUUCGCGCUCAGCGCCCAUUCAAGGCUGUCACGGGCGGCGACGAUGCGAGCGUGAUAUUCUACACGGGCGUCCCGUUCAAGUACGCCAAGACACUUCGUGUGCAUACACGCUUUGUGCAGGAUGUAGCGUACAUGCCCGACGGUUCCGUGUUUGUCUCUGCCGGCUCGGACGGCCGCGUCUUUGCCUACGACGGGCAGAGCGGCGACGUGCUUGGCGAGUUUAAAGACGGGGAAAGCGCACAUGCUGGCACUGUAUAUGCCGUCAGCUUUGCACCUGCGCCCGCGCCGCAUCUCGUGUCCGUGGGUGCGGACGGGCAUGUGAAGGUAUGGGACGUGCACACGCGCGGCAAAGUUGCAGCGUACGAAGCCGGGCAAGAAGCUGGCGACAAGCUUGGCGCGCAGCAGGUGGGCGCCGUGUGGGCACAGCGAGAGACAAUUCUUAGCGUUGACGUUGCUGGGCGCAUGCACAGGCUUACGUUUAGCGGCAGUGCGCUGCACCUCUGUGACAUGCUUGUAGGUCCGACGCAGGGCGUCACUUCGCUGGUGCGCAGUGCUGCAUCGACGCUUGCAAGUUCGUACGACGGGCGUGUAUAUGUGUAUGCAGACGAUGGACGCGCCUCGAUGAUCCCUGCUCCGCUCCCUGCAUCGCCCAGCAUUGUCGCAAUGGGCGCUGAGCAGUCUUGCACCGUGCUUGCGGCCUUGGACGACGCUGCGCGUGUGCUCAAAGACGGAGCGUACACGUACGUACCUCUCCAAACUUACCACAGCAACCUCACUGCAGCACUGCAGGGCCAGCCCAAAGCGAUGGCGAGUGCACAAGCCACGAGUUAUGUGCUUACAGACAAAGGCGUGGACAUUGUGCGCGAUGGCCGCGUCACGCACUGCAGCAGCGCCGCAUUGGGCAUGCCAAGUGCGCCGACGGCCGUGAGUGUUUCGCGCGAUGGAGCAAGUGUCGCGAUUGGCGCUGAAGAUACCAAGGUGUAUCUGUUCUCCACGCACGAGAACGGCUUGGACGCAGCCGGAACGCUUGAGAAUGGUCGUAGUGCUAUUACUGCGCUCGCUUUUUCGCCGGACGCGGCGCUGCUUGCGGCGGGCGAGUCUACGGGCAAGAUUUUUGUCUACGAUGUUGCAGCGCGCCAAGUAAAACUGACACAGUGGGUAUUCCACACCGCCAGGAUCAAUGCGCUGGCGUGGUCCGAAAAUGGAGCGUACUGUGCGAGGACACGCAUGUCCAUGUCGCUGCCCGACCUGGUGGGUGGCGCGCAGUGUGGUCCCGUGAACCCACUUCAGCAGCUUGGGAAGCGGUUUGGACAAGACCGCGCGACGCCGUUUGAUGCGCAGCGGUCGUCCCCUGCGCCGCAGGCGGCGUUCCGCUCGCGGCCCAUGGCGCAGGCCGACGACGCUGCGUUCUUUGCGCGGGCAAACGACGCUGUGGAUCCCGGCGCGCACUUCCAUGUGGAUCAAAUGCGCCAGGCAUUGCCAACGGUCCGACCACAAGGAGCUGAUUGGCGCGAUAUGGAAACGUCUUUUCUGCAGCAUCCUGCAUCGAUGGCAGGCUCCUCGCGCCACGCCGCUGCGCAAGCGACGCCUGCGUGGGCGCAUGAUUUCAUGAAACACACGGCGCCGAUGCCAUCGGCGGUGAAAAUGGAGAGCGCUCCGCGAAGUGCGCCGUACGCCAUGCGGAUGCCCGCAUUCCAGCGCCAGUUUCGUCCGCCCAUGCACGCGGCUCCGCAACCCAUGUCUGUUCAGCGCGAUACGCUGGAUACCUUGAGCAACACGGUGUGGGACUCGGCGUUUACUGCGGUUGAUGCGCAGCAUGGUUUGCACGAGAGUGUGGCGAAUGCGCUUCCUGCCGCUGAAGCGCUCCACAACAUGGACGCUGACGCGCUUGCACAAACCGCAGAGCGGCUUCUUGCCUCGGUGCAGCACGAUACCAGCGACAAGUUUAAGCAGAGUCAGUUUAUGGAGCUUAUGCGCAAGCUGCGGGAUCGCCAAGCCGAGGUGCACGGCGCCGAAAUUGUUGGGCACGGCACGCACAAAGGCGAAGGGCGCGCCGCGCGAGGCCCCCCGACGCAGGAGGAGCUCGAUCAGAUGCGCGAGGAGGCGAGCCGCUCGAUGCACCGCAGCACGAACAAUGUUACCCCGCCUGCACAGAUCCUCCAGCUGGACACGGCACAAGAGCUGAGCGAGUACUUUGCGCAGGAAGACGCGGCACGGCGCAGCGAAGCGGAGCGCAAUGCCGCGCAUGAUCCUCGCAAUGUGUUCCAAGGAGACGGCGGCGAUGUCUUGGAGAGAAUGCGCGAGGAUGAGCAAUACGUACGGCCGCCGCCUGCGGAAGAAAACAUCUUUGCGGCGGAAAUGAAUAAGUGGACAGGUAUGGGCGCCAACGUCGCGCGUGCUGGCCCCGGAUGGGAGGAAGAUUUGUCCGAGCGUGGCGGUGCGCAGGAGCAAGACGACGAGGACUUUGUUGGGCGCGCAUGGGAAGGCGCCAAAGGCAAAGGGCGCGUUGGGGCACAAGAGGCCGAGUGGGCUAGGCUGCAAAGCGACUGGGACGAGUUUGAGGCGAGCGAACCUUCUAUCCGCCCCACGGCCCAAGCGCCGUUCCCAUUCGAAGCACCUGCAUACUCUUUUAACGAAAACAACCCGUACGCGGCGUCGCGCACACACCACCAUGCGAUGCACGCCACGCAGAUGGACGCGGUAGCGGAAAGCGUGCUGGAGCACGAGGCGGAAGUCCAAAACGAUCCGUCCAAGUCCUCGGCGUGGUACAACCUAGGUCUGCGCCAGCAGGAAAACGAGCGGGAAAAGCAGGCGAUUGCCGCGCUGCACAAGGCCGUCGCGCUGGAUCCGCGCAUGAACGACGCAUGGCUCGCGCUCGCCAUCAGCUACACAAACGAAAACGAAAGAGAGGCUGCGCUGGAGUCGCUUGAGCGCUGGAUCGAAGUGAAUGAUACCUAUGCGGAUGUGGUCCAGAAAUACACGCCGCGCGAGACAGGCACGCACGGCCGCGUGGCUGGUAUUUUGAUGGCUAUGGCGCGUGCAGGAAUGCCUGGCAGCACGGAAGUGGAUGCCGACAUUCAGGUUGCGCUUGGCGUUUUGUUCAACUCUUCCAGUGAGUACGACAAGGCCGUAGAUUGCUUUGCGACUGCACUUGGCGUGCGCCCUGAAGACUGGCUCCUGUACAACCGCAUCGGUGCAACGCUGAGUAACUCGGGGCGCAGCGAAGAGUCGCUCGACUACUAUUACCAGGCGCUUGCGCUCCGUCCGGGGUUUGCACGCUGUCAUUUCAAUCUGAGCAUCUCGUGCUUGAAUUUGAAACGCUACCAAGAAGCAGCGGAACAUGCCUUGACUGCGCUUACUCUGCAGCACGCAUCCGAAGAAGAGCUUUCUGGUGGCGAGCGUGGCCAAAACACGAGCGUAUGGGAGAUUUUGCGCGUCUCGUUGGAACUUAUGCAGCGCCCCGACCUCGCGCGCCUUGCCUCAGCCCGCGACCUGAACGCCAUUCAGCUGCACGACUUGCUAGGGUAA